GCUGCAGACUGUAUUUUGUCGUCUUGCUUGUGUGCAUUUCAUUUCCCAAAUUAUUAUUGUGAUGUAAUAAUUUCAUAAUACUUGAGUUUGAUAAAAUAAGUAACUUAUGUGUUCUCGUUUGUAUAAAAACUGGUGAUUAAGUGUAGAAUUUAUCAAGUUAGUGUUCUUUACUUCAAAAAACCUUCAAACUGAUUUACAGAGAUGGUGCCGACGGUGGUAAAUUGAUUAUCUUUCUUGACAAAUAUUGUAAUUUAAAGAUGAGAUCAGUAACAUUAUUGUCAUACUUGAGAAAAAACAAGUACAGGUACUUUUCUGUGAUCAUUAUUGUACUACUGAUUUUCAACUUCACCUCUACAAGUGGUGAUAAUCAAGUGAUAAGUAAUGAUAAGGUAUCAAACAAUACUGCUUCAAACAUCAAAUCAAGUGGAACAAUCUCAAGUACAACAACACCAGCAAUUAUACUAGGUGGAGGAAGUCAUGAUCCCAAAAUUGACAGUACUAUUUCAAAGACAGAUAAUAAGCCUGAUGUAACAGAUACAAAAAGUCAACUAAAUAUAAAUAAUAUUCAAGCAAAACCUGCCAAUGAAAUACCAAUAGACCAGAAUGUAUUGAAGCCAAAAGUUCCAGAAUUUACAGGGCCAAUAGUUGGAGGUGCUAAUAAGAAUGGUUUAAUUGAGAGCUUGGCUGGUGUUAAAAAGAAAACGGAUGAAGAGAAAGCUGCAAAAUCCAAAUCUCCUGCUGAGAAUGAAGCAAAGGUUGAUGAAGCAAAGAAGGAUUCUAAAGCAGCUAAUCUUACCUUGAGUAGUCCCUCUGUAGAGCCGAAAGUUAGUGCAUCUACAGCUAAACCUGAAGCUGCAUCUAAUUCGCCAGCUCAUAGUCCCAAUGAUGCAAAUGUGUCUUCAACAACAGUAGCUCCAAAUGAACCGGUCCUCCCAGAGAAAGGCUCCGCGGAAGCAGAACAUAACAGCUCGAUGGCAAUAUUUUUUGUGCUGUGUGUUCUAGCACUGGGUAUUCUUUUAAUUCAUUUCAUGCUACUCACCCAUUUCCAAUAUUUACCAGAAAGUGUAGUUAUCGUUUUCUUAGGAGCAUUGAUAGGACUUCUGAUAAAUAUGAUACCUGAUCAGAAAAUUGGUAACUGGCGCAAAGAAGAGUCUUUCUCACCGACUGCAUUUUUCUUAGUACUACUACCACCAAUCAUUUUCGAAUCGGGAUACAAUCUUCAUAAAGGAAACUUCUUCCAAAAUAUCGGAUCAAUCUUGGUUUUUGCAAUAGCUGGAACAACUAUAUCCGCCCUGAUAAUAGGGGGCGGAAUCUACUUGUUGGGAUUAGCAGAUGUUGCUUAUCGACUAAGUUUUGUCGAAAGUUUUGCCUUUGGAUCUCUGAUAUCUGCAGUUGAUCCUGUGGCAACUGUUGCUAUAUUUCAUGCCCUGAAUAUUGAUCCAGUGCUGAACAUGUUGGUAUUUGGCGAGAGUAUUCUGAACGAUGCCAUUGCAAUUGUCCUCACCACUUCGGUCCUGGAAUCCAACAAUCCGGAAAUGUCGUCAUCGGAAGCUGUAUUGACUGGCAUCAACCGAUUCUGCUUGAUGUUCUUCGCGUCAGCUGGCAUCGGCGUGGUCUUCGCGCUGAUCAGUGCCCUCCUGCUCAAGUAUGUUGAUCUGAGGAAGAACCCUUCUUUGGAAUUUGGAAUGAUGAUUGUGUUCACCUACGCUCCGUAUGCUCUAGCUGAAGGAAUCCACCUGUCUGGUAUCAUGGCAAUCCUGUUUUGCGGCGUGGUGAUGUCGCAUUACACGCACUACAACCUGUCAACGGUGACGCAGAUCACGAUGCAGCAGACAAUGCGCACGCUGGCGUUCAUCGCCGAAACGUGUGUGUUCGCCUACCUCGGCCUGGCCAUAUUCAGUUUCCGGCAUCGGGUCGAGCCGGCUCUCGUCGUGUGGAGCAUCAUCUUGUGCCUGGUUGGACGUGCCUGCAACAUUUUUCCGCUCGCUAUUCUCGUCAACAAGUUUCGCGAGCAUAAAAUCACAAAGAAAAUGAUGUUCAUCAUGUGGUUCAGUGGCCUAAGAGGAGCUAUCUCCUAUGCACUUUCUCUACAUUUGGAAUUCAGUGAUGAAACCCGCCAUGUUAUAAUUACAACUACACUUAUUAUUGUGCUUGUAACAACGCUAUUGUUUGGUGGCUCCACGAUGCCUCUCAUGAAAUAUCUACAAGCUGACAAGAAGCAGCAAGGACGAAGUCGUAGGAAAAGGAAAGACAAGGGUCUCUCUCUGAGUAAAACAAGAGAAUGGGGCCAAACGAUAGAUUCAGAACAUCUUUCCGAAUAUACCGAGGAAGAAAUGGAGGUCAGCUUUCUCCAGACAAGGAUCAAAGGAUUUGCAAAAUGGGAUCUGAAAUAUUUUAUUCCCUUUUUCACUAGACGAUUCACCCAACAGGAGUUGAAGGACUGCAAGUCGCAGAUGACUGAUCUGACAAACCAGUGGUAUCAGGCGAUCAGAAUCUCACCGACCGAAUCAGAGGAUGAUCAGCAGCAUCAGCAUGGACAGAGCUGACGUCUACCUUCCAACAAAUCAGCCUUGCCAUCCAUGGUGUGAGAAAACGCUGAUUUAAUGUAUGUUUGUGGUGCAACAAGCUCAACUUUCCAACACUUGAAUUAUUGUACAGUGUAAUAUACUGCAAUGAACCGGGUGUUUCAAAAAGAAUGACCAUAUUUUAAACAGUUAUAUUAAUUUAUUUAAAAAAUUAUGCUCACAAACCAAUUUUACAUCGAAUUACUCACAAAAGUAUCAAGUUUUUGAUGAUGUAUUAUGAGUGUUCUAUGUGCCCUCCUUUUGAGGCUCGGACGACAUCUAGACGGUAGCCAAACUCAUCCCAGACUGUUCGCAACAUGUUUUCUCGGACUGUAGCUACUGCAUCAGUUAUCCUGGGUUUUAGCACCUCAAUAUCAAGUGCUAAGGGAGGAACAUAAACAUGAUCUAUCAUGAUCUAUAGCUACUAGUUAUCCUGGUUUUUAGCUCCUCAAUAUUAAGUGCUAAGGGAGGAACAACUUUGAAGAUCAUGUUUAUGUUCCUCCCUUAGCACUUAAUAUUGAGGAGCUAAAAACUAGGAUAACUGGUAGCUUCAGUCCGA